AUGGGGCCCCUGUGUCCUCGCCCACACCCAAAAAAGCCUAUGAAACAGCCAAUGAAAGGUACCAGGGGCAUCUCAUGGGGCCCCCUACUGACCCCGGGCCCUCGGGCAGGGGCCCCAUGAGAUGCCCCUGGUACCUUUUUCAUAGGCUUUUUUGAGUUUGGGCAAGGACACAGGGGCCCCAUGAUUUCCUAUUGCCCGGGGGCCCCAUGAGUUGUCAGUCCGCCCCUGCUCCAGUAUCAGCUGCACAUUAUUGCUCUAAUGAGUCACCACACUUUCCUGCUGCA